AUGGCCACUCCUGCCCAGUGCUAUUACUGUUUCGAGACGCUCUUUGCUUCAUUUGAAGAUCGCGAGCCUGCCACUCUAGCAGCAAUAGAAGCCUUGUGGGAACAGCACGAGCAAACCAAAAAACUAUCAGACCUGGAAGACCAAGCAGAAGACACAGAGCAAGACUCCAUAAAUGACAGCGAAGAUGCUUCAAUGAGUAGUCCACAGAGACUGCAAAUCCCCCGCGUCAGUCGUCUCCAAGGUGAAUCGUCCGCUUCCAGCACAGCCACAACACCAUCGUCUGCAUCGAAUACAUCUGCCAAUUCCCUUCAAUCAAGCUCAACAAAUAUCACCACCCCGGCUUCAGCUUCUGGAACCAGCUCUGGUCUGGCAGAUCAGAAAUACCCCCUUUUCGUGACGUGGAACACCCUGUCACGCAGUGGACACAAGUCUCUACGUGGCUGCAUAGGUACAUUCGAAGGACAGGAACUUGCAGCGGGGUUGAAGUCCUACGCUUUGACCUCGGCCUUUGAUGAUACCCGCUUCUCUCCAAUCCCCAAAUCCCUCCUCCCUUCACUAUCAUGUUCUCUGACCCUCCUGAGUUCCUUUGAGCCAUGUACAAACGCCCUGGACUGGGCUCUAGGUACACACGGUAUACGCAUUUCAUUCGUCCACCGUGGUCGUCGCUAUGGCGCUACCUACCUGCCUGAUGUUGCUGUAGAACAAGGCUGGAGCAAGGAAGAGACUGUUGAGAGCUUGAUGCGCAAGGCUGGCUGGGAUGGUGGUAGCGCAGCGCGGAGAUUGCUUCGUGCGGGCAAUGGCGCGGCUCCGUGGGAUCAGGUGGGGGAUUUCAGAACUGUGAGGUAUCAGGGUCUGAAGGCGAGUGCUAGUUAUGCUGAGUGGCAGGAAUGGCGGGACUGGGUUCUCUCUUUAGAUGAUGGGGAGGAGAUAUUGGGGUGA